AUGGAAGAUCCACCUUCUCCUCGGGAGGAGGUAUCACCUUCACCAAUCAAAAGACCUCGCAUCAAAGAUCGAGGUAACACGCCCCUGGAAACUCUCAAGACUACUAGUCAAUCACCUGUUUCGACUGAUCCUCAAACAACGAUAAUAUCGGACGCUGAAUCACAGACGCCAAAGACGUAUAUCCACACCCAAAUCCAUAGUCCCCAUCAUGGGAUCGCGACUGAUCAAGGAGAAUCUUAUUGGCAAAGAUCGUACUGGAGCAAUCCGUAUCCGUAUCCUCAGUCUCAACCUCAACCUUACUACCGAUAUCCCAUACCGUCAGCCCAGACCAAUCAACCAAUAUUACCUCAGCAGAGUCAUCUGAUGAGCUUUCGUUCAAUCCCCCAUUCAUCUGCGUCUCUUUCAUAUUCCCUCUCAAGUGGAUAUUCCGCCGCUCAUCUUCCAUCAACGAGACCACCUACACCAUCGACGCCACAGGGUAAAUCCACGAUGAAGACCGGGUAUCAUCAGCCUUCUUCAGCUACUGCAUCAUCUACCACUCCAAUACCAGCUCCUUCUUCCUAUAUCCAUCGUAUGUUACCUUCCCGUAUACCUCAUCUUUCACAUCCGCAACAGCAACAGCAACAGCAACAUCCACCACCACCAUCUUCGGCACCACAACGGAACUCACCAUCCACAUACCCCGAGGCUGCUCAAUCGGCAGUCAACACAAUUCAGACCUUAAACUCUCGUCAGCGCAACUCCCUUUCCCCGCCACUUCGAUCUAUACCAACCACCACAACAGAGCACGGAUCUCCUGAACCAGAACCCAGAGUGACAGUGACGGGGAAAGGGAAAGGGAAAGGGAAAGGUAAACAUAAAGGUAUACCUGGACCAAAAGCUAGAAUAUCACAUGAAGCUAAAGUGAUCAUCGCAGAACAUAUAAUAUCAAAAGGUGUGACAACGGCGAAUUUGGACGAAUUAGCUCAGACUACAGGCUUGACGAAACAACAGAUAAAAUCACAAUUAGUAGAUAAUCGUCAGAACGUCAGAAGACAACUCAAUGAGUUUGUAAGGGGAUUGCAAUAA